UUGCAUUCAAAAAUGAGUAUUAUCAUUGAAGAUGGACAAGUUUCAGCUGUGGGUUUGUUCAUAGGUGCAAGAGAAAAUAAAUGCUUCCUGGUUAUUAGGUCUAAGAGACUAUUCAGGAAGGAAUACGUGAAGUAGUAUGGUUACUAGUUGAACACACAAGAAUGGCUAUUAAAAACAUUUGGCACAGUUUGGCUCAGGAUAGAGGUCCAAUUAUACAUCAAAUUAAAACGGCAUUUUUUCUGCUGCUUACAUUGACAUUCUUAUUGUUUGCCGUUGCUUACGCCUCUGAUUUCACUUUGGACACAAUUAUGGUCCCUCAAACAUGGUUUACUAAAAUCAUGAAUCAGACUCAAUCUAAGGUAAUUGACAGCAUUUGGGGCGAUCAUAAUCAAAAAGACACAUUAGCACAUUUGCCCAAUCAACAAAUACAACAAAGAGGUUCAACAAUUUAUUAUCAUAUAGCUCAUCCAAGCAACUAUCAUUACAUUCUGGAUGAACCUGAUAAAUGUCAGCAGAAUCCGUUCCUGGUCUUGAUGGUCCCUGUGGCGCCCCAUCAGGUAGAAGCUCGAAACGCCAUCCGGAGCACGUGGGGGAAUGAGAGCACAGUCCAGGGAAAAGCAGUGAUGACUCUGUUCUUGGUGGGUUUGACUGGAGGAUCCGACUCGGAAAAAGCUCAACAGCAGCUGGAGGAAGAGAGCCGACAACACGGAGACUUACUGCAGAGAAACUUUGUGGACUCGUACUUCAACCUGACCAUAAAGACGAUGGUGAUCAUGGACUGGUUGGCCACUCGUUGUCCUCAAGCCAAUUUCAGUAUGAAGGUCGAUUCUGACAUGUACUUAAACAUGGAAAACUUGAUGACUCUUCUAUUGGCACCCAACACACCAAGACAGAACUAUAUCACUGGAAUGGUGAUGUGGGACCGGCCUGUCGUCAGAGACAAAAAUUCUAAAUGGUACGUGUCGGAGGAGUUGUACCCCGAACCGAAAUACCCCACUUACCUACUGGGAAUGGGAUAUGUUUUCUCCAAUGACCUGCCAGAAAAAAUAGUUGAGGCUUCCAAGGAAAUAAAGCCCUUCAACAUAGAAGACGCAUAUGUGGGCGCUUGUGUGAAACAUGUGGGCAUUGCACCCUCAUCCCCCCCAGACCCUUCACAGUUUAGAGCCUAUCUGGGACAAUAUAAACGAGAGGAUUUUCUCAGGGUCAUUACAACAAUCCUAGGAUCCCCACAGCAGCUAAUAGACAUCUGGAAGGACGUAAAGAGACCCACAUAAAAGUAUCCCAAACUUUCCUAAAAGCAUCAUUUGGGAUACAUAAAAGUAUCUCAAAAUCCCUGUCUGGGAUGGAAGCACAAACAAACAAAAAUGAGAAACACAGAUUUCUGUUUACAAAGACAUGAAACAUGGUGGAUGUUUAUUUAAGAACAUUUUUAAAGCUGGUCACAACCUGUUAACAAUACGUUCUGAUGGGGCGAGGAGAUUGUUUGAGGAACCGUUCACACAUAAUACGUUCUUGAAGAGGAACUUGAGGUCUUGAGAUGCGUUUUUAAAAUUGAACUUCUGUUAUUGGGGAAGUGGGUUUUAAAAACGCAACACUCAUCCACGAGAUGUCAAAAGUCUGCAAAGUUGGUUUACAUAGAAAAACAAUUAAAAAGUUCAAAUCUAUAUAUGGAAUUAAUAUACUGUAUGCAAAUAGAAAUCCAGGUAAUGUCUAUUUUAAAACUGUUUUCACAAAGCACGGGUAUUUUUCAUAAAUGUCUUUUGGGGAAGGUUGCUAACUGGUGUCAUAUAUAUUUUGUAAUUUUAUACAAUUAAUUAAUUAUAAUUUCAGUUAGCCAGAAGAAGGUUUUAUAUUUAUGUCCAUUAAUACAUUUUUUUUUUUUUUUUACUGUUUUGUGGAUGUCAUUAAUGAUUUAUUCUUUAAAUAUUGAUUGGGGGGAAAAACAACAUAAGAGGGAGAAAUCACAUUUUCCUAG